CACACGGACCAAUCAGAGACCAGAUGAGUGGCUCUUAUGAUGCAUCAAUCACAUGACUCUUCCGUGAUGUUGAGGCACUUCCGCCUUGGUUAGCGAUCCACAUGGGUGCAACUUGGCUCGUGUUUUCACCUACAACUUAGCUUUAAGCGUCUUAGGUUCGUAUUUAUUCAGGACCAAACAUGCAGUACGUGGUAGCGCUUUUCGCAGCGGCCAGUUUAGUGGCCAGAAUAGCGGGGGACUGUACUAUUGACUCGACGGAAGAGCUGCAGGACAAGGAGAAGAAAUUGUUGGAGAGACUUGCCCCCCUUACUAAGGCAAAUCAGCUGUUCACAUUCAAGGACAAUCCCUACCAAUAUGACUACAAGGCCAGGAUCUGUAACCCUGUACAGUCCAAAUCCAAGGCAGAUGCUGGCAUUAUACAGGUGGACAAGAAUGGCACUGAACACUCACUGGGCAAGAUCAGUAAAGUCAACAUAAAGGCAGGCACCAAUUGGAUGAUGUUAGAGUAUCGUGGAGGAGACAACUACCACAGUCACUGUAAUCAUCUAGAAAGGACGUCUGUCAUCAUGAUAUUAUGUGACUCAUCUACGGUAGAGGGGAGCAUGGGUCUUAUUGAAGAACACACCAGGAAAAAUGAUGAGGAUUGUUACUACUUGUUUGAACUCUAUAGCAAUGUGGUCUGUUCUUCCAAGUCUUCCAUACCUGGUGGUCUGAGUGUGGGCUCAGUACUGGUUCUUAUAUUCGUGGUUGUUGUCGGCUGUUACUUCCUGUUUGGGUUCCUGUACCAGCGUUUUGUGGUUGGGGCCAAAGGAAUGGAGCAGAUCCCUCACUUCAGCUUCUGGAAAGACUUCGGCAACUUGCAGGCUGAUGGUUGUGAGUUGGUGUGUCGGACACGGGAGGCGGGACCUCCCAGAACGUACAAGGGCAUCGGGGACGACCAGCUAGGACUGGACGAUGAUGACGAAAGAGACGACCAUUUACUACCCAUGUAGGGUUACCACGGUGACAAGAUGUAAACAUUCUAAACUGUAAACACCCUUGACAUGUUGACAGGUGUAUUGAUGGUUUUCUGUUAUGCAUUUGACUUUUAGAGUAGAAGUUGCUGGAGAAAUUAUGUUCACACGUUUUCUGGAUUGUUGUAUCCACCCUGGUAUGACGUUUGGUGAUUAACAUGUAGACCAAUACACACAUUGAAUAAAUGUGCAAGUUUUUUUUUCAUGACAAACUAGAAUAAAGCAUAUAGCUUCAUAGCAAGCUUUUGUAUGUCAUAAAUUGAUGUCAUAAAUUUCAUAUCAUAUAUGGUGUAUCAAGUUUGUUUGGACCAAGGUUAUUUGGACAUAUAUAAUCUGUGUUGUGUUAUGUAUACCAUAGCAAAGAAUGGAUGUAAAUUUUAGUUCAAAUGGUUGAAAAAUUGUUAACAGUUGAUCAUUCCACUAUAUCAUAUGUUCCAGAUGUGUGACUCGAUGUUACAAAUGUUGUACAGUUAACUUCUCGUGUUGGUACUGGGAAGUUACUUAGUCCAUAGAUACUUUGGAAGUUGUCCAUAUUAAUUAAUUUUCUGAGUGAUGAUGACUGCACCUAAAUUUCACACUUUAAUUUUUUUACUCUGCAACAUUUACGAUCACAGUUCAUGAAUACUGCCUUUGGGAACAGCAAAAAUUGUGCAAAGUACCAACUUAGAAGUCGAAUCCUUCACCAUUAUAGUAUCCCUUGUAGAGUACUCUACUUCUUUAGAAGCUGAAAUUUAAUAUGUCUUGAGGUAAAGGAUCUGUGAUGGAAAAUGCAUGUAGGGAAAAAUUGUUAGCAAUCAAAGUAAGGCUUGGACAAUCUGUGUAUCAAUGAAUUCUACUAGUAUUACCGUAUUAUAUUUGUAUGUCCCUCUGGUCUUUAGUACUGGCUUGCCAUAACUUUUCAAACAGUCAGCUGAGCCACAUGUAGCCAUAUGACACUAAAUCUGUAUUGGUUAUGAGGUAAGGCAGCAGUUAGCAGGUUGAGGUACAAUGAUAAUACAUAAUUCCUGUCAACACAUUUUGAGUUAGAAUGUAUUUAUUCCGCCCCCAUCUUUGUCUGAUACAGUAACAGUUAUGCAUACUUUUGUAUAAUUGAGACCUGGAUAGCUUAUAGCAACAUGCAUGUCUCUGUUAUAGCAACAUCAGUGUGUCCUGAA